AUGGGCAAGAGCUGCAAGGUGGUGGUGUGCGGGCAGGCGGCCGUGGGGAAGACCUCGAUCCUGGAGCAGCUGCUCUACGGGAACCACGUGGUGGGCUCCGACAUGGUGGAGACGCAGGAGGACAUUUACGUGGGAUCCAUCGAGACGGAGCGCGGCGUGCGCGAGCAGGUGCGUUUCUACGACACGCGGGGCCUGCGCGACGGCCUCGAGCUGCCCAAGCACUGCUUCUCCUGCACCGACGGCUACGUGCUCGUCUACAGCACCGACAGCAAGGAGUCCUUCAAGCGCGUGGAGCUCCUCAAGAAGGAGAUCGACAAGUCCAAAGACAAGAAGGAGUUUGUGGCCAUUACCUUGGCUUUCACGGGGUGGUGA